UAUCAAGUACUACCUUCGAAGUUGAUCUGUCUCCAGAGUAGUGUGUGGGACCGACGCCGACACAAGAGACUGCGCCACUGUGGCUGUGUCCGAUCCGUUCCCUGACUCACCACUCGUGGCGUUUUGUUUGUUCACUGUUGCCUGCGGCAACUGACCUUAAUAUUGAGGGACGAUCUACGACGUACCUCACCACCUCCUUUCCUUUCAAAUCAUCAUGGCUAUACCAGCACAACCAGCUUCGGCUCGACUCUCCAAAACCUUGGGUGCGCUCCUAGGAGUUCACGCUGGAGAUUCGCUCGGCGCGACCCUCGAAUUCGACUCAUGGCGGGAGAUCAAGAAGAACUUCCCAAAUGGCUUGCGCGACAUCAUCGGUGGUGGAACAUUCGGCUGGCCAGCCGGCCAUGCAACAGACGACACCGACUUGACGCGCGCUGUUUUACUGGCGUAUCACGAUCGCGCAAACCACAAGUUGCUCAAAAACCCUGAUAAAGAGUUCGACAUUGCACGUGCGGCUGCGGACUGGUCGUUGGAUUGGUAUGAUGGGAAUUGGCCAGGACGGAAGAAAGGGCAACCGCCUAGAGAUAUUGGCGGCGCGACUCGCGUUGGUCUGCUGAAUUAUUCCGAUCUGCGCGAUCCACGCAAGUGUGGAGCCGGUCAUGGUAGCGCUGGUAACGGUAGCUUGAUGCGAUGCAUACCUACAGGUCUCUUUACCCAUGACAGAGUUGACAGGAUCAAAGAGUCCAAAGAGAUUAGUGCAAUCACGCAUAACGAUAACCGAUGCGUGGUGUCAUGUGCUGCGUACAACGAGAUUGUCGCCGCACUUCUGGACGGAAAGACUGCACAGGCAGCUGUGGGCAUCGGAAUUGAAGUAGCGCUUGAGGAGGAUCAUCACGCUGUUGCGAAAGCAAUUGAACGCGGCAGAACGAUGUCCAUAUCCAGGAUUGUCAGCGACGGGCCUAGCGACGAGCUGCCGGACAUGACUUCUGGUUAUGUACUCCAAAGUUUGACCGUCGCCAUCUCAGCACUUCUCGACCCGCGUUCGCUUGAAGAUGUUUUAGUGGAUGUGAUCAGGAUAGGCGGAGACACCGAUACCAAUGGCGCUAUAUCCGGUGGUCUUCUGGGAGCAAGAGACGGGUUAGAGGCUAUUCCUGAUCGAUGGCUGGGCACUCUUCAAUUCAGGGCAGAAUUCGAAGAGCUGGCACGGGACAUACUGGAUCUGGAAAGUUCACCAAGCAAAAUAUUGUCAGUUUCAUACAAGAAGCGUCACGGGCUUUCCUGAUCACAGGAGCACUAGCUUGUACCUGUGUAUGGAAUUCAUCACGAGGAAAAAUGCACAGUUCUGGGGCAAGCCAUUUUCAAAUGUCCAAGAACCCUAUAUCUCUU